AUGAAUUCGCAGACGAAGACUACUAGAAGCAUCCGGUCUUCAAAGAAUAGAGACUUCAUAUUAUCCAAAAGUGUCAACCCUGUUAAUGACGAAGGAGUAGCCCAAUGUUUUUAUAUGGUAACAUCAUCGAUGUACAUAUCACUUGCACCGUGCUAUACUCAGCAUCCAAUUAAUGGCAUAAAAUCGCAGCAUCUAGAUCCUAUGAUUAUGACAUAUUUUUCAAAAGCUAAAGGGGUUGUGUUGUCUUACAGCAAUAUCAAGAUAUCUGGGAGAAAUAAAAGUAUAGACUCAGAGGGAAACCCAUUAACGAUUGCUAGAAUAGAAGGGUCUUCACCUUUCACUUUUUUUUGGAUAUCAGUCGACUUUUUGAUAUGGCGACCUCAGGUAGGCGAUUGCUUAGAAGGUUAUGUAUAUAUGCAAACGGCCUCUCAUAUUGGUUUAUUAAUCCAUGAUACCUUCAAUGCAACUAUAAAGAAGUACAAUAUACCCAAUACGUGGAGAUUUCUACCGAGUCAACAAGAUGAAUAUUCAGAGGAUUCUACCAGUAAUUUCAAAUCUUUCGGCCAUUGGGUUACUGAAAAUGACUUGAGAAUAGAAGGUAAACUUAAAUUUAAUGUUAAAGCUUUGCAUACAACAGGAAGAGUUAUUUCAGUAGAAGGAACUUUAAUCUCUCCAGGUUUUGAAUUAGAAUCUCAGCCGAUUUUCAGAGAGCGCCGUACGUCCAGUACUUCGCAAGCUGUUAAUUCGCAUAUGAAAUUUAAUGAAGAGGAUAAUAGUAUGCCAAUGGUGCCAGUAAUCGAAGAAACUUUAGGACGCGAUUUGCCAAUAUACUCAAAGGACAAUGAAGAUGGGGUACUGGGUGAAGAUGAUGCUAUAGUGAAUGCUUCCGAUACAAAUGAUGAUGAUUCUGAUUAA